AUGUACAAAGGCAGGCUCAAAGCAUGGGGUCUCUUGAAGAACCUCAAGUCCAAGGAUGCUGACCAGAUCAUGGGCUUGGCCAAAUCCGGCGUAGCCACUGGCCCGCUCGUUAUUCGCGGCCGCAGCAUGGGCUCCAAGAAGUGGCAGAAGCGUCUAAAUAGAGUUACGGCGCCCGACGAACUGACGGGCGCGGCCAUGGGCCGGCAUAACGGCAUCGUCGUAGCGCUACCCUUGCCCGGCCACCUCGCCGCUCCGGAUACCUUGAGGCUAACCGAGGCUGGCCUGAUUGCCAUCCGCGACUUUGCGACGCUGCAGUUCAACACUCAGGCCUGGGACCUCUCGGGUCUUCCAUACGACUUUGAUAGCGACAAGACGGACAAUUGGAGUACCGGCAUCAUGCUUGCUGCCCAGAACCUCGUCAAGGACCGCACCUCGGCCAAUAACUUUGCCAUUCUCAACAAGUGCUUUGACCAGUAUGCAGCCGUCGUUGAGCAGGCCAGUCCGAUGCUCAUUCCGUCAACUCUGAACAAUGUCAUCAGACUCUUACCAGUACCAGAAAUUGCCCAGUCGCUCCUUAGCUAUGCGGCCAACCUGAUCAGCAUUCGGCUCGGAGAGGACCAUCCUCUCAGUCGUCUAUUGUCACAAUUACAUAUUCUCGGCGCUGCGCAGGUGCCACUAGUAGCGCGUACGAUCCUCAGUGCUUACUUCGACAUCAUCGUGAGCAAUAGCCACCCGGCGAAUCGGUGGCGUUCCUCGGUAUACCCGCACUACGCCAAGCUUAUGCAGACCUGGGGUGCCAUGCCGGGCGAGGUCGUCACGACCGUCUUCCACAAAACGAUUCAUGGCAUUGAACAGUCCCUGGCAGACGAGGCACUUGUUCCGCCGGGCGAUGCCGAAGCCUCGGAGCACCGCGAGCAGCUGCUCCGACACCUGCAGGAGGCCAAGAUGUACUUUGCCCUCUACCUGAUUGACACCAAGCGGUUCCUCGAGGCCGACACCAUUGCCGAGGAAAUGUCCGAGUGGCUCCGCUCCGGCGGUGCCGCCCGCUACCCGGAGCAAUACGAGCAGUGGCUGCGCACCAAGGCGCGGAUUCUAGUGGGCCUCGACCGUCCCGACGAGGCGACGCCGUAUUUUGUCCAGACGUACGAGGCCCGCCGCGACCGUCUGGGCUACGCCAAUCACCGCACCACGCGCGCCAUUAGCGAGCUCGAGGAGCAUUACCGGAGUCUCAACGAUGACGAGGCGGCCGAGAAGCUGCACCGCGAGUUUGAGGAGUCGUAUGAGGAUGUAUGA